UUCCUAUACAUAAAUUUCAACGAGACAAUAAACAGGACGCUAAAUAAAAAAUGUUAAUAGCAGUAAAAAGUUAUAAAUAUAUAUAUGAAAUAUGAAACAUUACAAAUUAAAUACACAUCAAAAGUCCUACAGCGAUGCGGACUUGCUGAUUAAUCAAAAGGAACAUCCCGACACAAAAAUAGGUGAUGUUGUUGAGGUUUAUGACCGCGAAGAUGAAAAUACUAGAUUAUUAUUGCAAAUUACCAAAUUUAACGAUCUUCGCCGUGACGAAAUUAGCAUUGAGGCAGGCAUUGCUACUCAGUUCAAUUUAAGAAAGUUUGCCUAUGUGUUUAUGCGACGAGUGAAUGCAAAUGAUGUAGCUCUUGAUUCUAUUGAAAUUGCGUUUAAAGAUCAAUAUAUGGGAAGAUCCGAAAUGUGGCGUUUGAAAACUUAUUUGACGGACACUUGUGUUUAUAUAAAUAAAAAAAUCGAAAAUAUUGAAAUGCAAAUUCGUUGUCAAGUUUAUGAGAUGUGGGCYCAAGGUGAACGCGUUUCCUGUGGAGUAAUAACGGAAGAAACAAAGAUUGUAUUCCGCAGUAGUACUUCAAUGGUAUAUUUGUUUCUGCAAAUGUCAUCAGAAAUGUGGGAUUUUGACAUACACGGCGAUUUAUAUUUCGAAAAAGCGGUUAACGGGUUCCUUACUGAACUAUUUCAUAAGUGGAAGAAAUUGGGCUGCAAUCACGAAGUCACGAUUGUAUUGUUUUCUCGUACAUUUUAUGCUGCGAAAUCACUUGACGAGUUUCCAGAUCAUAUGCGCGAUUGCCUUCAAUUGGAUUAUAAAGGCCGUUAUUAUGAAGAUUUUUAUCGUGUUGCUAUUCAAAAUGAACGCAAUGAAGAUUGGUGCACUGUAUUGACGCAGUUACGCAAACUAUUUACAUCGUACGAAUCAACGGUGCUGCGUUACCAUGAGCGUGAGGGUGUAUCCAUUCCCGCAGCUACUAAUUCCACAGCGGCUCAAGGCAACUUCCUGGAAGUAUUAAAUAUUUCAUUAAACACGUUCGAAAAACACUACCUGGAUAGGACAUUUGACCGAACGGGUCAGUUGUCUGUUGUUAUCACACCUGGUGUUGGGGUGUUUGAAGUCGACAGAGAACUUACGAAUAUUACCAAGCAGCGGAUAAUUGAUAAUGGCGUUGGUAGUGAUUUAGUAUGUGUAGGAGAACAACCUUUACACGCUGUUCCACUUUUAAAAUUUCACAACAAGGACACUUCUUUAACCUCAGCGGACGAUUAUUCACUCCCACAUUGGAUAAAUUUAAGUUUUUACUCAACUAACAAAAAAGUUGCAUACUCAAAUUUUAUACCGCGCAUUAAAUUGCCACCAAUGGUUGCAAAUAUCACAUUAAAUAAGGAAAACAGAGAAAGUGAAAAACACUUUUUGAGUUGCAACCAAUCUGAAUAUAUACAUAAUUCAUUGUUUGAUUAUGAUGCCUAUGACGAGCAAAUAUUUCAGCCUCCACCAGCUCAGAGCACUUGUUCGUUGCAACGAGUUAUACGUGCUAAAAAGACUUCCGUGCCUAGCUUAGAGACGUCAGCCUACCGAAACCAUGACUGGGAGAAUUUAACACCUACGAAAAUUCCAAACUUGCGACGUAAAAUGUCUGAUCCAGAUAUAUAUCAUGGUACAUCAGGAAUSCUAGCUGCUUUGACUGAUUCGCCCAACUUGUCUGAAUCAUUAGCUUCUGAUAAGAAUUCACGACGUUCCAUUGUUUCUAUUGCCCCUAUCGUUCGMCCGGGGCGAGCAUUAAUCAACCCAUUCGAUCCUUCUCACGUUACAAUAAAACUYACUUCGAAUCGUCGACGUUGGACGCACAUAUUCCCAAAGGGACCUACUGGUGUUUUAAUACAACAACAUCAUUACCAAGCCGUACCUGCCAAACCCCACAAUUUAAGCUACAGUAAUAUUAUUAAUAACGAUAAUGAAUACACUUCAGGAUUUAGCACAUGUGAUUAUGAUCACACAUUCACAUGUUCUUCGUUAAACAAAUCCUUUACAUCAAGCAAUGAUUGUGAUAAUAAUGAAUUUCUCAAAAAACGAAAUAAUUCACUCUUGAACAAUAGCCCAAAUAAUGUGACAGCAGGCGCAGCAGUACCCACAAAAAGUUUCUUAUGGGGUGCGACGGGAGAGCAGGAAUGGACACCAGCUAUAACAACAGCGAAUGCAAAAAUGGGAAAACAUUUAAAWCCUAUUGUUGAAACCGAAGCUCCUACUAAAAGUCAGAGCGCAAAGGCAGAUGGCAGAGGAAAAGUAAUAAUAGGUGUGGAUUGGAAAUCGCUAACCAUACCGGCUUGUUUGCCAAUCACAACCGAUUAUUUCCCAGAUAAACGUUCUCUGCAUAAUGAUUAUGUUAUAUCUGAUUAUACGCUUCUGCCUGACGAUGUAAAUUUUGAUUAUGCUAAUAGUAGAGCGGUGUAUCGUAAACCUCUUUCUACGGAGGAAGUCUUUCGGGAGAUUGUGUCCCAACGAUUGGCACAGGGCUUCCAGCUAAUUGUGUUCGAGGAGAAGAAYACUCAACCAGCACAGGCGCCAUGCUGUGGCGGCUACAAGCAACAAAAGCCAUCUUCCGUUUUAGGAAUUAUUGCACCGACUGAAGUGAUGAAGGAAUAUUUGCUCUCUAUUGGUCGAAUAUUUCACCGAAUAACAUUGAUUGGAUCCGUGAUAACAGUCACUGGUUAUCGGCCAAGACAUCCUUAUCCGCCCAUUAACGUUGACUACCGUUAUCGUUUUCAUGCUCCCCAACACGAGACUUAUGAAAUAUCAGGUGUUAAUUUUACGACGGAAAAAUUAGAAAAUUUCAAUUGGAACUAUAUGGAUCAUUAUAUUUGUACACGCGGUGACCGUGACUAUCCUUUGAUGGAGAGUCUGAAAUAUUGGCGUUACCGUAUGUAUUUACUACCCACUGAUAACUUAGCGAUGAAAAAAAUCAUAGAAUACGGAAGUCAACGCUGUGAUAUCUAUACAGAUCUAGCUGUGGACAAUACAAAGAGACAGGUCGAAGACUUCAUGCGUUUUAUGGAAGUGCAUAUAAACAAAGUGAAACGGCAGCGAAUCCAUGAUAGCCCCACUGCACAAAGUCAUUUAACACGACGACGUCACAGUACCAGCAUUAUUUCCAGACCUCAACCCAACCAGGGACUGGUGAAUUCGCCCUUUCGUGAACGUGUUGGAAGCAAUCGGCUACCGGAAAAACGACCAAGCUUUAUCUCGAAACCUGUGAUGAAAGUCGAUCGUGGUCGCAUAUCGCCCGCGGCAGAUGCAGCUGCAAUAGCAUUAAAUAAUGAUUUAAGCCAUAAGGAGGAUCAGGAUGAUGGCUUUGCGUCGGAGGUAAAAUUACGCCCGAAUUCUGAUUUGAAUGAAAUCCUUGAAGCGAUGAAGCAUCCCUUAACCGGUGUAGCUUUCUUCACUCAGACUCCUAACUUACCAUGCUACACCUUUGUUUCACAUGAGGCCUUGCUUUGGCUCAAAUCACGUUUGGACAACAACAAAAAUCCAUUAGACAUAUUGGAAGCCAUGCGAAGAGAGAAAAUGAUUUGUCACGCUUCGGGAGAUUGGGAUAGGCAAAUUAUACCUGGGUUUUAUCUUUAUUUUAUAGUGCAACAAGAAAAAUCGAUAAAAGAGGUACCUAAACCUCUUUUGGAUUUAAGUGCUUUUGAGAAUGAGUGGAUGGAGAUCGAAUUACAGGGGUGUAACCAUUUGUGGACUGAUGAAACGAAGAUUCCGAAUAUACCCACAUUCUUGCGAGAAAUACCUUCGGCACAAUCUUGGGCAGAUUAUAGCCAAAAUAAAAAAAUAUACCGUCAUUCCCAUUUGGAAAUCAAUGUCAAUCAAAAGAGCGAGCGUAUGGAAUGGGGUCAUGUGAAGUAUCAUACUGUUAUGCAGCCCGGAUAUGCUUUCGAAAUAGUCGUUGAGUGGGUCACGGCAUCUGGACCGAUUGUGGGAGAUUUGAUUUGGAGCUGGACACGUAAAGCAAAUCAUUGCAAUUAUGAAUUGAUAUCAGUUCCUGCUGAUCCGAUGGCAGAACCAUUUACAGAGAAAUCUGAUCCACUCCGUGGUCCCAUUUUUAUACCGUUAUCGGAGAAAUUUUUAAGCGGCAAGAGUGUUAUGUUCGCCGAAUUCGCUGAAGAGAGUAGAGCUGAUCGUAUGUUAUUAUUUCAUGAAGCUAUUCUUGCAAGGUACGGUUUUUUGCCAUGUGUGAUAGAAAAAAAGUAUUCGUUUAACAAAGAUGUGCCUAAGGAAUACCAAUAUGUACAUUGUUCCGGACACAUGUUUGUGCUUAUUCGUUGUUCAAAAAAUAACUAUCAAUUUGAGUCUCCGAGCCGACAAGAAGCGAACGUUACCCGAUGUGUGUAUGGGCAUACAAAUAAUACUAAUGUACCAAAGAAGGUUGGAUUUUUAUGGGCCUGGAAUCACAUGAUUCCCAAUAAGAAGUGGAAAUCAUUGGUAAUUAAAAAUUCACAAGACGGUGAGCUUUUUCAAUUGAAAAUGCUUAAAGAUUUUCGUGAUUUUUGUUCGGAUGCUGAUGAGCGACUCACUAAAUUCUGGGAACAUUGCCAUGAAUUGAAGCGAAAAUCUUUAAAAAUGGAUAAUAUCGUCGAAGGAAAAGUUAAAUAGUUACAAAAGUCGAAUACAUAGUUUUUAGUUCUAAGUACGUAUUCAUAUGAUUCAUUUAUUUUAAAAAGGGUGGUCCAAUAAAAACUAUUUCAAAUUAGUUAAAUGAAUAUCUGUAAA